CCCAAUUGGAAAAGAAGAAUUGUGAAAAGAGAGAGAGAGAAUGUGGAAGGAAGAGCAAUAUGCUGGUGUUUCUAUACCCAACGACUGUUUACCUUUUACAACUGAGCAACACAUGCUUGGUACCACUAUUAUGGCGGUAGAGUUUGAUGGUGGAGUAGUGUUGGGUGCAGAUUCGAGAACUACGACUGGAGCCUAUAUUGCCAAUCGUGUGAGUGACAAAAUAACCCCACUUUCAGAAAGAAUAUAUUGUUGUCGUUCUGGUUCAGCAGCGGAUACACAAGCGAUUGCCGAUUAUGUCCGUUACUAUUUGUCCAUUCACCAGUUAGACCUGGAUGACUUGCCUUGUGUGAAAACAGCGGCCUCCAUUUGUCGCGAGCUUUGUUAUUCCAACAAGGAUAGAUUACUUGCUGGUAUAAUCUGUGCUGGUUGGGAUCCCCUUUACGGUGGUCAAGUUUACACCAUUCCCUUAGGAGGUACUAUGAUUCGACAACCUUAUUCUAUUGGUGGAAGUGGUAGUACUUAUAUUUAUGGCUUUUGUGAUGCACACUUCCAAAAAGGAAUGAGUAGAGAGCAGUGUAUCGAUUUUACAAAAAAAGCAGUAGCAUUGGCUAUGGCAAGAGAUGGAAGCUCAGGAGGUGUCAUUCGUUUAGUAGUCAUAGAAAAGCAAGGCGUUUGGAGAGAAAUGAUUGCCGGAAAUCAGUUGCCUGUUAUCUCUGCAGAAUAAGAAUUCCAAUAAGAUUGUUUCUGUU